UCCCCUCCCUUCUGGACUCCGAGCUCAGUUCGCGCAGUAACAAAUGAAGUGCGCGCUGCGACACCUCUCAGCUCUCCAGGCUCAGCCGCCAUUUCCUCGCCUGGCCUAACGGUCCGGCCAAUCCCAGCGCGCAUCGAGAAGGGCUAAGGCUCCGCCAAUCGGAGGCCGCCGAUUUCGACCCCUUGCCUCGGCCCGGCCCAAUCCAGGCUCCGGCCCCGUCGCCCCCGACCCGCCCCCGCGGCGCCCUCUCUCCUCCCUCUUUGUGCGUCUCGCGCCGCCGCCGCCGCCCGCCGCGUGAGAGGACGGGCUCCGCGCGCUCCGCGGCAGCACAGUCAGGUCCCCUCCCCCCAGAAGAUUCGCGAAGGAGAAACCGCCGCCGAAGAGGAGCCGCCGGUGCCGGUCCCUGGGGGGCGCCAUGGCGACCGGAGCGAACGCCACGCCGCUGGGUAAGCUGGGCCUCCCUGGCCCCAAAGGGGGCUUCGAGCCGGGGCCACCGCCUGCCCCCGGGCCUGGGACGGGGCUGCUGGUGUCCGGGCCGCCGCCGCCCCCGCCCGUGGGCUCGGUGGGGGCCCUGACCGCGGCCUUCCCCUUCGCGGCGCUGCCGCCGCCGCCCCCGCCGCCCCCGCCGCCGCCCCCCCCGCCUCCCCAGCAGCCGCCGCCGCCCUCCCCGGGCUCCUCGUACCCGUCGCCGCAGCCGCCCCCUCCGCCGCCGCUCUACCAGCGCGUGUCGCCACCGCAGCCGCCACCCCAGCCGCCGCGUCAGGACCAGCAGCCGGGCCCGGCCGGUGGCGGAGGAGACUUUCCCAGUAAGAAGCGGAAGAGGAGCCGCUGGAACCAAGACACAAUGGAACAGAAGACGGUGAUUCCAGGAAUGCCUACAGUUAUCCCCCCUGGACUUACUCGGGAACAAGAAAGAGCUUAUAUAGUGCAACUGCAGAUAGAAGACCUGACUCGUAAACUGCGCACAGGAGACCUGGGCAUCCCCCCUAACCCUGAGGACAGGUCCCCUUCCCCUGAGCCCAUCUACAAUAGCGAGGGGAAGCGGCUUAACACUCGCGAGUUCCGCACCCGCAAAAAGCUUGAAGAGGAGCGGCAUAACCUCAUCACGGAAAUGGUUGCCCUCAACCCUGAUUUCAAGCCACCUGCAGAUUACAAACCUCCAGCAACACGUGUGAGCGAUAAAGUAAUGAUUCCACAAGAUGAGUAUCCAGAAAUCAACUUUGUGGGGCUGCUGAUUGGGCCCAGAGGGAACACCUUGAAGAACAUAGAGAAGGAGUGUAAUGCCAAGAUCAUGAUCCGGGGGAAAGGCUCUGUGAAAGAAGGGAAAGUCGGGCGCAAAGAUGGCCAGAUGCUGCCAGGAGAAGAUGAGCCGCUUCAUGCCCUGGUUACUGCCAAUACCAUGGAGAAUGUGAAGAAAGCAGUAGAACAGAUAAGAAACAUUCUGAAGCAGGGUAUCGAGACUCCUGAGGACCAGAACGAUCUACGGAAGAUGCAGCUUCGAGAGUUGGCUCGUUUGAAUGGGACCCUUCGGGAAGAUGAUAACAGGAUCUUAAGACCCUGGCAGAGCUCGGAGACCCGCAGCAUUACCAAUACCACAGUGUGUACCAAGUGUGGAGGGGCUGGCCACAUUGCUUCCGAUUGCAAAUUCCAAAGGCCUGGUGACCCCCAGUCAGCUCAGGAUAAAGCGCGGAUGGAUAAAGAAUACUUGUCCCUCAUGGCCGAACUGGGGGAGGCACCUGUGCCCGCAUCUGUGGGCUCCACCUCUGGGCCUGCCACCACACCCCUGGCCAGUGCACCUCGGCCCGCUGCUCCCGCCAGCAAUCCACCUCCACCGUCUCUCAUGUCCACUACCCAGAGCCGCCCACCCUGGAUGAAUUCUGGCCCGUCAGAGAGUCGGCCCUACCAUGGCAUGCACGGAGGUGGCCCUGGUGGGCCCGGAGGUGGCCCGCACAGCUUCCCACACCCGUUACCCAGCCUGACGGGCGGGCACGGUGGACAUCCCAUGCAGCACAACCCGAAUGGACCCCCUCCUCCUUGGAUGCAGCCGCCGCCACCACCGAUGAACCAGGGCCCCCACCCACCUGGGCACCAUGGCCCUCCUCCAAUGGAUCAGUACCUGGGAAGUACGCCUGUGGGCUCUGGGGUCUAUCGCCUGCAUCAAGGAAAAGGUAUGAUGCCGCCACCACCUAUGGGCAUGAUGCCGCCGCCGCCGCCGCCUCCCAGUGGGCAGCCUCCACCCCCUCCCUCUGGUCCUCUUCCCCCAUGGCAGCAGCAGCAGCAGCAGCCUCCACCGCCCCCUCCGCCCAGCAGCAGUAUGGCUUCCAGUACCCCUUUGCCAUGGCAGCAAAAUACGACGACUACCACCACGAGCGCUGGCACAGGGUCCAUCCCGCCAUGGCAACAGCAGCAGGCGGCUGCCGCAGCUUCUCCAGGAGCCCCUCAGAUGCAAGGCAACCCCACUAUGGUGCCCCUGCCCCCAGGGGUCCAGCCGCCUCUGCCGCCCGGGGCCCCUCCCCCUCCGCCGCCUCCGCCGCCUGGUUCCGCCGGCAUGAUGUAUGCCCCGCCCCCUCCUCCUCCGCCUCCCAUGGACCCUUCUAACUUUGUCACCAUGAUGGGCAUGGGGGUGGCGGGCAUGCCACCCUUCGGGAUGCCUCCAGCUCCCCCACCGCCUCCACCACAGAACUAGACUCGGUUUUUUAAGAAAAUAUAUAUUAUAUAUAGAGAGAAUUGGUCUCGUUUAAACACACGCCGAACCUCGCCAUAUGGAGCCAGACAUUGGGACGCACGCAUGUGAUUGUGUGCACGCAUGUGUGUGUGUGCACGCACCGGGCUGGGCCAAGCGACUGAGGCCUCGCUUAGGAAUGGGCAGGUGGUAGUAGGGGCGCCAGCUUGGGCUCUCCUGGCGCCCCGUAGCAUCGAGUGUCUUCUUUGUCUUCUUUCUCUCCUCACCCAAAUCCCUUUGCCUCUCCCCAAACCGGGCCGCCAGGAUCCCUCCCCGCGGCGGCGAUGGCCCGAGCCAUGAGAGUGAGGACUUUCCGCGCCCAUUGGUGACCCUUCCAGGCAGACAGCCUCAGCAGCGCCCCUGGUGGACAGGAUGGUUCGGCAAAGCAGCCUGAGUUAUUUUUAUGGACGGAAUCGGAACACGCUGGCUCCAUAUUGUGAAAUUUUUUAUUAAUUUUUUCUUUUUCCUUUGUUAUUUCCUUAUCUUUUCCUUUCUUCAGACUCCGUCCAAGGAGAUGCUCUCCCCGGUCUUCUGCUGCAAUUAGAUUCCUUUCCCUUUUUCAUUCCUCGUUCUUCUCUUUCUAAGGAGAGAGGAACAAAUGGUUCUUAGGCAAAGGCUUUUGGCCACCAGUGUCAGGCUAGUGGGGGGUUCCUUUGGUUCUAAGAUUUUCAAGGUGCCAUAGUCGCCCUGAGAUUUUUUUUCCCCUAAUUUUAAGCGUGGGGUUUUGUCUCUGUCACCUUUGUAGACUGGCGGGUUGACCCCCAGGUCCAGGGUCCAUUUCCGUCCUGGCAUCCCUGCCAGCAGUCGGGGCCACCUAUGCUGCCGUGGGCUUGUCUGCCAGCCAGGAGCGCCCUUUCCACGCCCCUGAGCACCUGAGCUGCCUCAGAUUCCAUUUGUUCCUCUCUUUCCUGGAAGGUUUCCUUUUCAAAUUUAUUUUAGUCCCAAAUGUCAGUGUUUUGCAGUGUCUAGGGGUUUGAGCCCUUUGUUUUCCAUUCUGCUUCUUUUUUUCCUCCUUCCUCUUAAUGGUGUGAUUAUGUUGAUAAUAAUGUAUAAUGCGCGUUCUCUUCACUGGUUUAUCUGCAGAAAUUUCUCUGGGCUUUUUUUUUUUUUUUUUUUUUUUUUUUUUUUUUUUUUGGUGUAUGAUUCAACACUGCGUUAAAGGGGGAUGUUCCAUUGAAUAAAAGAGCAGUGUGGUUUUC